ACAAAAUGGCGAACGAAAUAGCCGAGCGAAUGAAAGAUGUACAAGAAAUGAUCAAUAAGAAGAACCAAAUAGAAGAAGAAAUUAAAGAGUUUCAAAAUGUUCUACAAUCUCAAAAGGAUGUUGGUAUGAGUGGAAAGUUAGUGGAUAAUGAUGAUUAUCCGAGACAAGAUAUUGAUGUUUAUGCUGUGCGCUUUGCAAGAAAUCGUAUUAUAUGUUUGCAGAAUGACCAUAAAGCUCUUAUGAAACUUAUUGAAGAUGGAAUUCAUGAUGUACAUACUGCUGCUCGCAAUAAAAGAGACUCAGAAAAUUCAUCACAACAAACCAGUUCAGAACAAAUUCAAGAUUUACAGAUGGCAUUUUUGCAAGUGAAUGAGUUGUCUCCACUAUCUCCAGCUGAAAAUGCAGGUCUUCGAGUUGGUGAUGAAAUUAUCAGAUUCGGUUCCCUAAACAUUGAAAAUUUUGAUAACAUGCAAAGUGUUGCUAAUGUGGUUCAGCAUUCUAUGGGACAAUCAAUUCCAAUUAUUAUCAGAAGAGGAGAACAUAUUCAUCACCUUAAUUUGAUUCCAAAUAUCUGGCAUGGAAGAGGUUUACUUGGUUGCAAUAUUGCUCCAAUCCAUAAAAGAUGAUGUCAGUGGGCAGUGAAGUUGGUGGUUAAGUUAUGGUCAGUGAGCAAUGAUGUCAGUGGGCAGUGAUGUUGGUGGUUAAGUUAUGUCAGUGGGCAAUGAUGUCAAUGGGAAGUGAUGUCAAUUGGCAGUAGUGUCAAUUAAGGGCAUGUGAAAUUUGUUUUAGUCUCCUGUUCACAAAAAUCAUAUGUUCUUUCACACUGGAUAUAGAAUCAACUUACAAAAUACAAACUUUCAAUGUUGAUUAUGUACAACAGCAUUUUGUAAAAUAUUAUAUGUUUGCAAUCUAACAAAUAGCAGAUUUUUGAGACAAAUAGUAGUUUAAUGAUGAAUGUAUGUAAUGCAUAUAAAUCAGUGUUGUUGUAAAUCUUGUAAUGCUUCAUGAAUUAUUAGAGCAAAGUGAAUGACUGAUAAAAAUGUCAAUAUAUCAGCCAUUUCUUGCAUAAACAAUUCCUGAGGACUGAUUAAAGUGUUUUGGUCAAA